AUGGAACAUUUAAUUAACCAGGAAGACUUAAGAAACGAUCAGAAUAACCAGUAUUUAAUUUCUUUACAAAAGAAGUGCUUCUUUGAUGUCAAUGUCACCUACAGCACCAUAUUACCAAAUUCAACAAGCAAUGUUACGGAUCCGAAUGUUAACUGUCCCCGUACAUUUGACGGCUGGAUGUGCUGGGACGAGACACCGGCAGGAACCACCGCUGCGCAGGCCUGCCCGGAAUUCAUCGCUGGGUCGGAUUCUGGGCGCAAUGUUUUAAAAAGAUGCACUGAAAAUGGCACAUGGUUGGUCCAUCCCAAUACCAGCAAACCAUGGACCAACUACACUACUUGCAUAGAUGUUGAAGAUUUAAAUGUGUUCGUGAGACAUGAAAUGGCGAUGCGGUGGUUUAAAGCUUUAGGAUGGGGCCUGGCGGUUAUAUUCACCGCACUCUACACCAUUGUCCGCUAUACUAUACCAGGAGAAAGCGAAAGAUGCUGGAUUAAAAAAUCGAAUGCCUUUUUAAUAAUCACCGUGCCUGUAAUAAUUUCACUCAUGGUUUCAUUUGUAUUUUUAGUAAACGUAGUAAGGGUCCUGUGCACAAAGUUGCAUCCGGUACAAAACCAGCGUUAUACUACGUCCUUUAGAAGAGCCGCCCGAGCUGCCUUCAUUUUAAUACCGCUGUUUGGCCUCCACUUCAUGCUAAUUCCGUUCCGGCCUACACUUCAUUCGCCUGCUGAAAAACCAUAUCAAGUCAUUUCUGCUCUGAUGACAAGUCUUCAAGGCAUCUGUGUCGCAGUCCUGUUUUGCUUCACAAACCAUGACAUACUGAAAGCAAGCAAAUUACAAUUAGCUCACCUCUUCCGAACCAAUGAAGUAAUCCCUAUGACAGGAAGAACAGGCGUCACUGGUGGCGAAAGCUUCAUGAACACAAGAGAAUCUGCAGUCUAA